AUGGAUCCCGGGCAGCAGCAGCCGCCGCCGCCCCAGCCGGCCCCUCCGGGCCCCGGGCAGCCGUCUGCGCAGCCGUCCCCGGGUCAGGGCCCUCCAUCCGGCCCCGGGCAGCCCACGGCCCCGGCGGCGACGCAGGUCCCCCCGGCCGGUCACCAGAUCGUGCACGUCCGGGGCGAUUCCGAGACCGACUUGGAGGCGCUGUUCAACGCCGUCAUGAACCCCAAGACGGCCAACGUGCCGCAGACCGUGCCCAUGAGGCUCCGGAAGCUUCCCGACUCCUUCUUCAAGCCGCCCGAGCCCAAGCCGCACUCCCGACAGGCCAGUACUGAUGCAGGCACUGCUGAAGCCUUGAUUCCACAGAGUAUCCAUGUUCGAGCACACUCCUCUCCAGCCUCCCUACAGCUGGGGGCUGUUUCCCCUGGGACACUCACUCCCACUGGGGUAGUCUCUGGCCCUGCAGGCACACCUGCAGCUCAACAUCUGCGACAGUCUUCUUUUGAGAUCCCAGAUGACGUACCUCUGCCAGCAGGCUGGGAGAUGGCCAAGACAUCUUCUGGUCAGAGGUACUUUUUAAAUCACAUUGAUCAGACAACAACAUGGCAGGACCCCAGGAAGGCCAUGCUGUCACAGAUGAACGUUGCAGCACCCCCCAGCUCAGCCGUGCAGCAGAACAUGAUGAGCCCGGCCUCAGGUCCUCUUCCUGAUGGAUGGGAACAAGCCUUGACUCAGGAUGGAGAAAUUUACUAUAUAAACCAUAAGAACAAGACCACCUCUUGGCUAGACCCAAGGCUUGACCCUUGUUUUGCCAUGAACCAACGGAUCAGCCAGAGCGCUCCGGUGAAACAGCCACCACCCCUGGCUCCCCAGAGCCCGCAGGGUGGCGUCAUGGGUGGGGGCAGCUCCAACCAGCAGCAGCAGAUGCGGCUGCAGCAGCUGCAAAUGGAGAAAGAGAGACUGCGAUUGAAACAGCAGGAAUUGCUGCGGCAGGUGAGGCCCCAGGCAAUGCGGAAUAUCAAUCCCAGCACAGCCAAUUCUCCAAAAUGUCAGGAGUUAGCUCUUCGUAGCCAGUUACCUACACUGGAGCAGGAUGGAGGGACUCAGAAUCCAGUCUCUUCUCCCGGGAUGUCUCAGGAGCUGAGAACAAUGACAACCAAUAGCUCAGAUCCCUUUCUUAACAGUGGCACCUAUCACUCUCGAGAUGAGAGCACGGAUAGCGGACUAAGCAUGAGCAGCUACAGCGUCCCUCGGACUCCAGAUGACUUCCUUAACAGCGUUGACGAAAUGGACACCGGUGACACUAUCAACCAAAGCACCCUGCCCUCCCAGCAGAGUCGCUUCCCAGACUACCUGGAAGCCAUUCCCGGGACGAAUGUGGACCUUGGAACCCUGGAAGGAGAUGGGAUGAACAUAGAAGGAGAGGAGUUGAUGCCCAGUCUACAGGAAGCGCUGAGCUCUGACAUCCUUAAUGACAUGGAGUCUGUUUUGGCCGCCACCAAAUUGGAUAAAGAAAGCUUUCUUACAUGGUUAUAGAGCCCUCAGGUAGACCACUAUCUAUGUCUGUGAAGGAUCUAAGGAGAUGUAUACCUGAAAUCUCCAAACAUGCCAGUUGCAAUCUUCUGGCUAAUACAGGAAAAGAUGAACAAACGUCCAGCAAGAGUCUUUCAUCCACUAUUUUGCUCUUCUCUGUCCGUUGCUGCUGGUAAUGUGCUGACCUCUUUCACAGCUGGCCCUGAAGAUCAACACAAAAUAACAAAACAAAAAACCCUUUAUGUUCCUUUUGCUAUUAUAACUACUGUGUGUUUGGGGCCUGGGGAAAAGGAGCCUGUUUGGAUGAUAGCCGUCAUUCCUUUUUGCUCAGUUGUAUGUUCACCAAUCAUUUUAACUGAACACUCAGACUUGGAACUGACAUGCUCAUGUCAUAGUAUUCAGCUUAUUCAAGAAGUUGUUCCUUCAGCUGCCUUUGGCCAGUGGAAAAACACGUCUUACUGGUCUGAUAAGCCAAAAAACAUUGCAUCUGAUACUAAGUACUCAAUGCUUAACUAGAAGAGGUAGCUGAAACCAAGGCUGAAGACUGUUGGACUUUCAAUGUUUUUUGUUUUUGUUUUCCUCCUAGUGCUAUCAUUAGUCACAUAGUGACCUUGAUUUUAUUUUAGGAGCUUAUAAGGCAUGAGACAAUUUCCAUAGAAAUAUAUUAACUAUUGCCACAUAAUCUAGGGUAGGGUUUGGGUGGAUAUUUUUGUGGGUGUUUUGGGUUUGUUAUUUUGGUUGGUUGGUUUUGUUGGAAGCUAGGCAAGUUACUAUAUUAGUGAAUCUGUUUAUAGUUGUAGCUUGGGAUGGUUAUUAUAGUUCUUUUGGGGAAAUCUAUAGUUCCUGGUUUUACCAUCUUAUUUAAAUCUUUAUCUGCUCUCUCCAUAUAUGUACACACACUUGUAAUGUUUAUAAUAGUGUGAUAGAAGAAUGUAUCUUUUUUUUUUUUAAGGUUUCCUUCCCUACUUGUCAAUCUAUUUUUAAAAUGGUAGGUUUGAACAUACGCAUUUAGAAUAUACAGCUAGUAGUUUAUAUUUCACAGGUAGUUUUAAUUCCAGUUAAGGGCAUCUGCAAGUGUUUAAGGUAGUGUGGUAUUCUAGAAGAGACUCUGACUGAGUGGGGCCUAGAGGAGUUCUCUCGAUCCUCUGCACACAUGCCAAAUAGUACCUGAUGAAUUGGACAGGAGCAAACAAAAUGGCUUUAUUCUCCCCCUGGGUUAACUUGAGUCUUGAUGAGAUACCGCUGAGCAGGUUUAUUGCUCUCAAAGGGGACAGGAGUGAGCUUUAAAGAGGUUUGCCUUCCCCUUAGUUUUGGAAAUAAACUGAUUCUUUAGUUUUCAUUUGUGAUAACCACCAUGGAGACUGGAUUUGAGUACUGCCUACCAGAUCUGAGAAAACUUGCUUAUUUUCUGUAUGCUGAAAAUAGUCCCCAGGCAGUACACAGAAUAAUGUGAGGUUUGGUCUAGCUGGUAAAGUGAUUGGAUUAAUAAAUGUAUAUUGGUAGAUGAAUUUAGCAGAAAUAGAGAUAAGCAUGAUUAUGCCUUUAUUUUUACAAGAAGAGAUAUAACUAGAGUAUGUGUCUACAGGAGUAAUAAUGGUUUCCAAAGAGUAUUUUUUAAAGGAACAAAAUAAGCAUGAAUUAACUCUUCAAUAUAAGCUAUUAGAUAAUAGGUGGUUGUAGUUACAGUGGCACCAGCAAGCACUGCUGUCAUGUGAGGGUCUUUGCUUCUAGAGUGAUCCCUUAUUUUCAAGGGUUUAUGACAAACAAAAAAUUUCUUCCUGACCAAAGCUCCUAUGAAAAGCCUCGGUUUGGGAAGAUAAUUUUUUUUUUUCCAAUCGGGAAAUCUUAAGUAUUUGGGUCCUUUAUAUUUAGUACAAAAGUGGGAAUAAAAGGUUUUAAGUACUUUCAGUGCUCAAAAAAAUGAAAUCGCUGUAUUGUAUAUAAUGAUUUCAUAGGUUGAUCAUGUGCAGUAAUUGAUUUUAAGGUUUUUGUUAAGAAACUAGGAGAGAUUCAAUCUUGAUUUAAGUCUGGGGGGGGGGAAUGGCAGCUGUGCAGAUGGAUUGAAUUUUAGGACAAUAAUGAAAUUCUACCUAGAAUGCAAAUGAAUCAAGGCUGUUUAAGAGUACCUACAACCUGCCAGUAAGCCACCGACCUAGGAGACAGCAUAUUAUAUAUGUGCAAGCUAGCUUUAGCAUAGGGGGAGGGUGGGAGAGGGCUAUGAAGAAUUAGAGGGGUUUUGAUAGAAAAGUUUAUAAGCUUGUUUCUCUUCAGUAAAGACUUACCUUGCAUCUUGCUGUCAGUAAAGGCAGUUGUUCCUAAAAUUUCAGUCACUUAAGUGCACCCACAAACCAACAUGUCAUCUUCCUUUUCCCUCUUCUCAUUUGCCCAGUUAUACCUCAAUGUCGCAGCUGCCCUGUGGUACCCAACAGUGCCUUGAUCAGACCGUGCUUCGUACUGACCUAUAGGAGACCUGAGAAUGCUUCUCUUACUGCAUUUGACUCAUGGCCUUGAUACGGUCUUUCUUGUCGUGUCCUUACCCCUAAUGUAAACGUGUGUGAUGCUUCUUGCCUGUAGUAGGUAGCAUGCGGAAUUUAACUGGUUAUUCUUGAAUUUCUUUUUACAAUAAACCAAUUUUUAUAAUCUUCAAAUCUUA